GUGGAGAGUUUCUGUACUCCCUCUCACAAUUUCGGGUCGCCUUCCUCACUGACUCCCUCGGCUUCUAGGGUUUAUGUUUUCUGUACAUUAAUGCCCAAACUUCAUCCAUAUGUUACACGAAGAAAUUCAAAAUCUACUCUUUGGGCCACAUGUUUUAGUCAAUCGGAUGGCGUCUGAUUCGUGGAAUGCUCGUCUCUCUGCAAAUUCUUCCCGGCGAUAUCAAUCACGAUCCGAUGUGUUUUAUGGAGGACACGAUGAGAUAGAAGGGGACGAGGGUUCUAGGCCGGAGUUUUUAUGCCCCUUCUGUGCCGAGGACUUCGACAUUGUAGGGCUUUGUUGCCACAUCGAUGAAGACCAUCCGAUUGAAGCCAAGAUCGGGGUGUGCCCAGUUUGUGCAAAAAGGGUGGGAACGGAUCUUGUUAGCCACAUUACUGUGCAACAUGGAAGCUUUUUUAAAGUGCAGCGUAAGAAGAGAUUGCGCAAGGGUGGAUCCAAUUCCACAUUCUCGAUGUUGAGAAAAGAGCUGCGAGAAGGAAAUUUGCAAUCCCUGCUUAGCGGAUCAUGCAUUAUUUCUUCCUCUAACACAGAGUCCGAUCCAAUGUUGUCGUCAUUUAUAUUUAACCCUUCUUCUGUUGAUGAACCUGUGAUUGUAGAACCACUUUCUUCGAAUGAAGCAAGUUCUGUGCAGGAAACUUCAGUAGAGGAAUUCCCAGAUAGAAAAGUCCAAGGGCCAGCUUUACCAGACAAGGAUCAAGAGGAGAGGGCUCGGAAGGGUGAGUUUGUGCAAGGACUGUUGCUGUCCACAAUGUUUAUAAGUGAGGUGAGUUUCCGAGCGACCAACAGCAUUUUCCGGAGAUGAGGGUAUCUUGAUUAUCAUGGUAGGACUAGGUCAGAAGUAGUGAAGGGUUACUGUUAACAUUAUGUCAUUGUAUCUAAAUGUUACGUGUAUAUAAGUAAGGUUUAAAACCUUGUCCGUUCUAUGGUUCCUUUACUGAAGCAAGAAGUUUC